AUGGCGGCCCUCGCUGCCGCCCUCAUGAGUGCGGACGCCUCGGUCCUCGCUUUGAGUGGCCCUCUCUCCCCUGCGACGGCCGGCAAGGGUGCCGACGCACAGGUGGACCUCACCCCGAUGCCAUACUCCCCGCCAAAGCUCAGCUUUUCCAAUCCGUACAAGGCAUACGCGGGCGGCAACAUCCCGGGCUGGGAGUAUGGUGGCGAGACUUCGCUCAACAACGACUACAUAAUGCUGACGACUGCGACGUCCAACAAGUUGGGUUGGAUCUGGACCACGGAGCCCAUCGAGAUCGACGACUGGGAGGUGCAGCUCGAGUUCCACAUCGGCGGCGACCCGCGCCAGUCGACGGGAGGCGGCAUGGCGGUCUGGUUCACAGAGCAGCAGGGGCGCGCCGGCGCGAUGUACGGCCAGAGCGACGACUUCCGCGGCGUCGGGAUACUGUUCGACUCGUACGGCGGCGGCGAGAGCGGCGAGCGAGUCGAGCCCUUCGUGGCGGUCGAGCACCAGGUCGGCAUCUGCUACGCCGCCUACCGCAACCUGAAGAACAUCGUGCGCGCUCGCAUCGCGUGGACCAACGGCCAGCUCCGCGUCUGGCUCGACCUCACCUCCUCGAACCACUUCCAGCCCUGCAUCGAGACGGUGAACUUGCGCGAGCUUGCCAAGCAAGACAAGCGGUAC